GAUCAACUAAAAUGGGGUUUUCAAUUUUGGGUUCCCAGGUUUCUCGACCCACUUUGUCCAGCUUCUUUUUCCAUUUGCCGCUCCCUUCACCUCUUUAAUCCACUCUUCCUUGGCCAAUUUUAUCACCGCCAUUAAAAUCCCCAACUCCAAUCACCCUAAUUUUUGUCCACGAUUUGAGUUUCCUCUUCAAAUCUUCCCAAUUUUUUAGUGAGGGAGAGGCGAACACUGGGUUUCCAGGUCCAAUCCCAGGUCAUUCGAGCGGUGGCGGAAUUGUUGAAUGAAAGGAUUUGAAGAAAUCGUGGAGCCGGUCUCGAUUUUGGAGUCAACGACAAUGAAGAGGGAGAUCAGUCCACGUCGAUUUGCUUCCGAUGGCUGGAGCUGUUCAAGAUCUGUGAAACUAGAAGCGGCUAGCGGCAACGACGGUAGGCAUAAGAGGAAGGUGAUUCGUCGGAGGAGACGCGGACGAAGGGGCGACGUUGGGGAAGCGACUAGCGGUGCCGGCGGAAGGCAAAAGAGGAAAGUGGUUCGUCGGAUGUGAUGUUUCAUGUAGGGACGACGCUGAGCUGCGACGACGUGGAUGGCGAGGAACAGCGGAGGCGGGGGCGGUGGUUUCUUCUUCUCCUUCGCUCUCUAUUUUGAUUUCCCCAUUUCUCUUAGGACUUGAGAACAGAAGCGGCAGGAUGUUGAAGGUAAAAGUUCUGGUUGUGGUCGUUUUCAGCUUGUCUGUGGCUGGGUUUCGUUCGUCGGAGAACAAGAACCAGAGAAGACAUACCAGAUCUGGAGAAGCAGGGUUUGCCAGUCGCUUGGUUCGUCGAUCGAUAAAAUUAGAGGCAGGGAGUUGGAUCAGAGAAGAUGAAGAAGGGAUUAAGAGAUGGAGAGUUCAUCUCUUUUGUUUUUGUUUAUUUAUGUAAUUAAUAAAAAAAAGAUAACACAUUUUCAAAGUUUUUUUUUUUACUUUUGUAAAUGACAUGUCGUCCUUCUGUCAGUGAAUACUGAGGUGGAAAAGAAAGAAAAGGUGAGUUGGCAGCCAGAUCAUCAUUCCGUUAAUUUGACUAACGGUGUCACUGCACCGUUAAACUAUGUAACGGAAAUGGCUAUUAUUGUCAUUGAACUUUCAAAUUUUUGCCUAUUAUUGGUAUUUCUUCAAAAGUGGCUAUUAUUAUCACGAACGUCAAAGUUUUGGCUAUACAAGUAUAUUUGACCUAAAAUAAUAAUAUUUUAUUCUGCCGAGUUUAGAGACAUCAGCAGGUUCGUGGAAUCAAUGCUGCUGGAUCUGGUUCUGGAAUCUGGAUGCAUCCAUCUAUCUUCUUGUGUCAGAAUAAGGCCGGUGACACGUGUCCCCUUACGGAUGGAUUGUUUUGUUUGUUAUGCUCCGCAGAUGAGAUGCCUCCUCCGUCGGUGGCAAUUGCCAAACGUAAGAAUGAUAUAUGUUUCGUAUUUCUCUGUCACUACCUGAUAGGUAGACCAUAAUGGUAACAGUUGAAAUGAAGGCCUUACCAGCCAGCAAUUUAUCGACAAUUCGACAUGCAGGCAGCGCACUUAGUGCGGGAAAAUGCUUUAUGGUUUGGGCACUUACCCUGUUGAAAAGCAGGAAAAAUGAAAAUGGUGUCGAUGA